AAUGGUGGCCCUCGUUUCGCCGGCGGCGGCGUUGUCGCCAAUGUUUUCGUCUUGUUUUCAUCAAUGAUGUGACCCGCCCGACUAGGUGCCGGCUGCAAAAGCGGCCUUGGCGGUUUAGUAAACGCCUAGUCUGCGUAGUCUGGAGGUAUUGAGCCAAAACACUUGACGCGAUCGGAGUUCAAGCGUGCAGGCGCCUGUAGACAGCCACCCUAGCUUCGAGACCCAGGGUCCAUUGGAAAAGUACUCUCAGGUGCACACUUGAAGUGAAAUAAGGCGUCACUACAUCAACUAUGGCCGGUGCCAAGGCCGACAAUCUGUCUGCUGUGCUUUACAAGAAGGACGAUCUCCGAUUGGAACAACGACCGAUACCAGAGCCUGGCGAUAACGAUGUCCAAAUACAGGUGCAUUCAGUCGGCAUCUGUGGCUCGGACGUGCACUACUGGACACGCGGAGCCAUCGGCAACUUCAUCGUGCGCGAGCCAAUGGUACUCGGCCAUGAAAGCAGCGGCACCGUGGUGAAAACUGGCAAGAAUGUUACGCACUUGAAGCCAGGUGAUCGUGUGGCAAUCGAACCUGGGGUGCCAUGUCGUAAAUGCAACUUCUGCAAGGGUGGCCGAUACAACUUGUGUCCCGAUGUCGUCUUCUGUGCCACACCACCACAUCACGGGACGCUCACUCGGUUCUACACGCAUGCUGCUGACUUCUGCUACCAGUUGCCUGACCACGUGUCUUUUGAAGAAGCCGCUCUGUUGGAGCCGCUGUCAGUGGCAGUUCAUGCCUGUCGCAGAGCGCAGCUCCAAAUUGGCCAGACGUUGUUGAUAUGUGGUGCAGGUCCCAUUGGACUCGUGUGCCUGCUCACAGCCAAAGCCAUGGGAGUGAGCCGCGUCAUCAUGACUGACAUCGUAAGCAGCAGACUCGAGGUGGCAAAAACGCUUGGCGCCGACUCCGUCAUCAGCGUUGCUUCCAAGACGGUGCAGGACGCUAAGCUAGAAAUCUUCUACACAAUCGGCGACCUGCCCGAGGUCACCAUUGAAUGCACCGGCGCCGAGUCAUCCACCCAACUUGGCAUGGUGGCCACAAAAUCUGGAGGCACUCUGGUUCUUGUUGGCAUGGGACCAAACGAAGUGAAGGUGCCCUUGGUGGAUGCCGCCUGCCGUGAAAUCGACAUCCGUGGAAUCUUCCGUUACGCGAACUGUUACCCCACGGCACUCACCAUGGUCGCUUCGGGCAAAGUGAAUGUCAAGCCUCUGGUAACUCAUCGCUUCAAGCUUGCAUCUGCGGUUGAAGCCUUCGAGACAGCCAAGACGGGUGCUGGCGGGGCCAUCAAAGUGGUGAUCGACUGCAGCUCCUAAUGAUGUCCUUGUCCAACUGCAGUUCUGACGACACUUCUUUCCACGAUCGAGGUCCUUACGGUCGUAUUGGCAGUGCAGCGUGAGCUGCGGGCAUUUUGUUUUUCUGCAAUUUGUUUUUCUUGCGCUUCACGCAGCACAAUUUAAAAAAAGAGGAACGGCGUUACGCAAAGCAAACCUAGUGCGUAUUGUUUCCAGUACAGUGGAGUAGCUGCCAGUAAUUUUUGUGUUACUGAGAUUUAAUUAGUUAAUUGUAAUUAAUUAUCUAACUCGAGAAAUACUGCCCUAAUUAUCAAAGUUUCAAUGAGAAAAACUCCCAAUACAGCUUUCUGUUGCUCAAUACUUGCUACAUAAAUGUGUUUUUCAGAGUAUAAAGAAGCCUGCGAAUACUCGCAGAAUUGCCGCGCGACUGGCCGCUCGAGGCACUUUGCAUGUAUUCGCGGGCUUCUGUCAACAAAUGGCAUUGUUGGAAUAAACACUGUAUUCAGUAACAUAGAAUGUCAUGAUCCAAAUAGCGAUUUUCGAAGCUUUUCUUGCAACAAGAACAAAGCAUGGCAUUGACACUUAUAAAACCAAGCAUGCGCACUUUGGUAGUGCACAGCAACUAGUACUUUGUAUUUGUCUAUUCCUUCUGCAGAAUGUGAUAACACUUGAUUACUAUCAGAGGGGCCAACUUGAAUGCCAUAAAUAGUUUUUGAGUAUGGUACAUAGUUUUCUUUGAAUGAUACUUAAUACAUUAUGUAAUACAUGCUACAAAAGUUUUAUGCUUACAAAAUCAUACAUAAGAAAAGGAGACCUACGUUGAACAGUUGAAUGCAGCCAUGUUUACACUUUUGCUAAAUAUACUUUAUGGAGUAGUAUGUUGCUUUGCUUCAAGUGUUUUAACAUACUCGGCCAUAUAUCUCACUAGAAGUACAUUAUACGUGAUAAAAACAUGGUCUGUAUGUGAAUGUGAUAAGGGCAUGAUGAAUAAAGACAUGAGCUCAGUU